GAAUCUAGACAACUACAACUACAACAAAUCGCAAUAAAAUGACUGGAUCACUUGGAAAACUCAAUGUAUUGAUGGUUGGUACAGGUGAAUACACCACUGGCUUCGUCAACGGAAAUGCCUCGGCAUCUGACAAAAAAGUUGGUGUCAUUGCAUUGACCAUGUUCGAUUUGAGACGACGCGAGAAAGUAUCUUCGAUUGGAAUGGUUGGUGUGAACGGAAAGAAGUUCCCUGCUGUCAGAGAGCACCUCAGCAAGAACAUCGGAGAAGCCUACAAAAUGGAUACCCAAGUCACUACCUACCCUGAAGAUGAUCAAAUUGAUCCAGAUUCAUACAAAAAGGCUAUCGAUGAUUUGUCUCCUGGUGAUGCCAUCACAAUCUUUACUCCCGACCCAACUCACUUUCCUAUUGCUCUCUAUGCUAUCCAGCAUGGUGUGCACGUCUUGGUCACUAAGCCGGCCGUAAAGUUGUUGGCUCAACAUCAGGAACUCAUGAAAGAAGCCAAGAAACACAACGUUAUUGUCAUGGUCGAGCACCACAAGCGCUUUGACGCUACUUAUGCCGAUGCUCGAGUCAAGGCCGAGAAACUUGGCGAAUUCAACUACUUUUAUAGUUACAUGAGUCAACCCAAGUAUCAGCUCGACACAUUCCGUGCCUGGGCUGGCAAAGAGUCUGAUAUUAGUUAUUACCUCAACUCUCACCACAUUGACUUUCACUGCUGGGCAUUGAAUGGAAGGGCUGUGCCUUACCGAGUCACGGCAUCUGGAUCGAAAGGUGUUGCAACAAGUGCACCAUUUAACCUUGUAGAUGGUACCGAGGACACAAUCAGUUUGCUGGUCAACUGGCGUUCUAUCAGACACCCAGGGUGUGAAGGUAUAGCAGUCUACACCUCUUCCUGGACUGCACCAAAGGGAGAAGUUCAUUCCCAGCAGCGAUUCCACUACCUUGCUGCCAAGGGUGAGAUCCAGAUCGACCAGGCCCAUCGUGGUUACACCUCCACUACUGAUGAGGCAGGUCACAGUCACGUCAACCCAUUCUUUAUGAACUAUGCACCCGAUGAGGAGGGUCACUUUGGUGGCCAGACUUCUUAUGGAUACCUUUCGAUCGAGAAAUUUGUCGAUUCAUGUCGUCAGUUCAAUGCCAACAAGGUCAGCUUGGCUACCCUGGAGGACCGCAGUCUGCCCACACUUGAGAACACUGUUCUGGUGACAGCAAUCUUGGAAGCUGGCAGACGCAGUCUGGAUGAAAAGAGACCUGUAGAUAUUACCCAAAAGAAUGGAGAGUGGGUCUUGUUGUAAAUAAUAAAAAUAAUAAUAUCUAUAUAUAUAUAUAUGUAUAUAUAUAUCCAUAUCCAUAUCCAUAUUUCUUUUUUUGCAACAAUUUUUGUAUAAAAAAAUAAAAUUCAAAUAUAAAUUAUCAUUAUUUUAUCGAUUAUC